AUGCAUCCACCCGCCUCCCCGAUUUUACAGUCCCAACUCCCAAGGGACAGCUCUAUUCUUCAAAAUAUGGCUAAUGCAGAGCCAACUCGUGCGUCUGCCCGCGAUACCCCGACUGACGAAGAGGACGAGAUCCUUGACCCCGACCUAGAGGACGGAGAUCAAGUCAUCGCCCGCCACUGGCCACGCAACCACGAAAACCAUGAAAAACAUGGAUUCCGGCCAGUGUAUAUCUCGAACAGAGGUUACCCAAGCCCCGAUAUCCCAGCGGACAUCGAAGAGCUGCUAAACUUGGACAGAACUUCCAGGGCAAAGGUGAUCGUGUGGCCGCGGGAGAUAACUAAAUACGAUUAUAUUAUCGCCUUGCUUAGCCGGCUUGAUCGGACCGAUUAUUCAAUAUAA